UGAAAACAUUGAAUGAAAGUCAGCGGACUGCAGCCUCAAACACAUCCCCCCGCGUCCCGAUCUGACUGGGCAGGUGUAAAUACGGGCUGACACAUCACCGACAAGCCAUUGGCUGACGGUAUUUGUGUGAAAAAGCAGAGGGCUUUGGCGGCGGAGCGGAGAUGCAGCGGGUCGCGGCGCGGCUGGUGGCCGGGCUGCUCGCAGCGGCGCUGGGGCUGCUGCAGGCGGACGGCGGGGAGACCGGCCUCGCAGAGCGGGUCAUCUGGGCCGUGAACGCCGGCGGGGAGUCGCAUGUGGACGUGCACGGCAUUCACUUCAAAAAGGACCCGCUGGAGGGGAAACUGGGGAAAGCAUCUGAUUAUGGGGUGCGUCUGCCGAUACUACGCUCCAGUCCAGAGGACCAGAUCUUGUACCAGACAGAGCGCUAUAAUGAAGACACUUUUGGAUACGAUAUUCCCAUUCGUGAUGAAGGAGACUAUAUAUUAGUCCUGAAAUUUUCAGAGGUUUACUUUGCACAGUCGCAGCAAAAGGUGUUUGAUGUCCGCCUUAAUGGCCACGUAGUGGUAAGGGACCUGGAUAUCUUUGAUCAAGUGGGUCACAGUACUGCUCACGAUGAAAUCGUGCCCUUCUCUAUUAGACGAGGGAAGCUGAGCGUGCAGGGAGAGGUGUCCACUUUCAACGGCAAGCUCACGGUGGAGUUUGUAAAGGGUUACUAUGACAACCCCAAGGUCUGCGCUCUCUAUGUUAUGAAGGGGACUUUAGAAGACGUGCCAAAGCUGCAGCCACACCCUGGUUUGGAGAAACCAGAGGAAGAGGAGGUAGAUGAAGAAGAACCUGAAGGAGGCGAGGAAGGCGGGAAGAAAAAGGUCUCGGCGGCCUCUAAGCCCCGGGUCCAGUCGGGCCCACGAACACCGAACCCUUACGCCGCUGACAACAGCAGCCUCAUGUUCCCCAUCCUGGUGGCGUUCGGGGUCUUUAUCCCCACACUGUUCUGCCUCUGCCGGCUGUGAGCUCCAACUGACAGCUGUAGAGGGGUCGCCAGGAGCUUUGAGACGGACUUUGAGGGGGAACUUUGACUUUGAGAGAGCGGGGGAGAACGGGGGCAGAAGAGGUUCAAGGUGGCAACAGCAGGACGGGUUACAGCAAACACCACGGUGAGACGGCUGACGGCUCGGGCAGAAUCAGGACAACGCAGGAGGAAAAACAGCCGCGUACUCUUUGGAAAGCCACUGCCAGAUGAAACAAACGCUGCUGUUGUGAGAAAAAGAUGUUUGAAGUGUGUGCUGUGGGCUUCUUUGAAUGUGUUUCGCAUCCACCUCUGCUGACCCUUUUUGAACAUUGUUAGUCAUUUCCACUCGGAGGCUGGGCACCAUUUACAGAUGCCCGCGUUUAUGAGUUGAAACAACAUUUCUGCAGCUAAGAGAUGCUCAGGAGGGAUUGGUCAGGGCCCGUGUUUUAUAGAAAACCUUUUUUUUUUUUUCCUUUAUUUUUUUUUAACUGGGUGUAGCAAGGAAGCACUCUCUCUAUUCAACACUCCUGCUCAGCAUUUGGUCAGAAACGCUCACUUUAGAUUGAACAUGGUGCUGCUCUGAAAUGGGUUAAAGAAACCACGUGUGAGUUCAUGGGUAAUGAAAGCAUUUUCCGUUUUGAAACUUUUGUUCCUCUCAUUUUGGACACGUUUGUCUUUCUUUUCCGUCAGAUCUGUUGGCGUCUCGUUGGCGUGCCGCUGCCGGCUUAACGUAAAAUGGUUUAAAAAACAAAAACAGAAGCUCUGUGGCUGGCGGGUCGUCCGUCGGGUCACCUUAGAUCAAACGUACAGUUGGUCGGGCGUCACAGAUGCGUUGGUAUGUGUGGGGAUCAGGAAAAGCCUCUGGCGUCGUUUCCUCAUAACGAUUCAGGACCAUAACAACAACUACAACAGGUUUAAAGCCAUUUUUAGUCUUUCCUUCUGAGGAUGGAUCCAUUUUGUAAUUCACAUUUGUAUUUAGAGGGAGGCAACAUUUGUGCUGUGAAAUGCUUACUCUCCAGUAAGGAUCAUUGUAUUACUGUAUUUUAAAAGAUUUCUGCCUUCUUUUUUUUCCCCUUUUUUUUUUUUUUUUAAGAUUCAUACUUUUUUUUUUUUUUUUUUUUUUUCUUGCAAGCUUGCCUUCUUGUUUCACCAAAGAAUGCCUUUUUAUUUUAGUAUAAAAAUGGAAAACUCGUUUGCCUGAUUAUUAGAGGAAUGGCUCAUGAAUUACAUUUUCUGUUGGCUUCUGUGGUUGGAGGUAGACGCGCUGCAUCAGGUGGAAAAGUCCAUUUUUAUUGAAAAGUUAACAGACUUAUGAUUUAGUGAUUGUAUAGUUUUGUCUUUGAUAUCCCAAAAAUGAGUUAAUCAUUUUUUUCUCCUGUUUUUUUUAUUUUAUUUUUAUCUUUAAUGAGUGUUUGAGUUAAAGAAAACCACGCAUUAGUGUGUCGACUGCGAUGGGCCGUGACUUCUGCUCUCUCAUGCUCUGCUCCACUUCAACAGUAAUGAAAUAAACGGUUAGCCGGUUAAUGCACAUGUUCCACAACCCUCCCCAGCUGUUUUGUCUGUGCCACAUGUUCGUCCACAUGCAGCUAAAGGUCAGAAAGCACAACCUUAGUCCAAGUAGAAAAUGAGAAAUUUACCUUCAGUUUAGCAUUUUUCUUCUGUUCUGUCUCACUCUUUUCAGCUGUGCAUUUUGUUUUUUAAUUUUAGACAAAGAUUUCGGAUGGUGAAAGACUUCUGCAUCUGGAGUGAAAACAUCUUUGUCCCUCGUGUGUUGAUCGAGGGUUUGUGAAACCCGCUGUGUCUAUAUCAAGGUUGCCUCCCUUAAGUGCUUAGCUCUAUACUCCGAUGAGGAUUUUUCAAAUUUUGCCUGUUUCACAAACGCGUCUUAACGUCCCCGGUCCCGCCCGUCCCUCAGUUCUGGGGACUUUCACAACAACAGUACCUGGAAAAACAAACCUGAUCAUUCAAGUGCUGUGGAAAACCUUCCUCUCUACUUGACUCUCCUUUUCCAGUUUGACAUUUUGCAAGACAUUUGUGCCAGAAAAUAUUUUUGUAACUUUAUGAGUUCAGCCUUUUUUUUCUUUUUUUUUUUUUUCCCCUGUAAACACAACUCAUAUUAAAGUCAUAAGCACCUCCUUGCUUUGGUCUGAAUAGAUGCAAAAAUUAGUGAAGUACCAAAGCAUGACCACCCGCCCCUCUACAAGUCUAAACAGUUGCGUGUGUAUGUAUAUGUGGUAUUAAAAAAGAAAAAACUAAAAAAAAAAAAAAAAAAAGAUUUCAUGUGACAUCAGUUUUGCUUUCAUCAGUUUUGUGUUGUAGCCAAGCUGUUUGGGUUUUUUUAAAUAUCCUCACAUGAAAGACUGUGUGGCCUUUCUCUCUGGAGAGAGAUGCAGAGGUACAGAGUAAGUCUCUUUUUCUUCUCUUUUUUUUUUUUUUUUUUUUUUUUUUAAAUAUAAAAGUAGCCAUAGUUGCUGGCCGUCACAAAGUCAAAUAAAUGAGAUCUCUGUCUGAAAACUAUGAGAUCUUCCAUUUUUAUUAUAUAUAAGUUAAAUCAGAGUGGGGCUAAUCUGGAGAUGUUUUAUAAUCUGCUUGAUUUGUGCAAGUUUAUUUCCUCAGGAUCUGUAAUGAGUUUUAAAAAGGUGAUGUUGGUGUGACAUUUUGCACUGCCUCGUGUUUUCUGAUGUUUUUUUUUUCCUUUUUUUUGUCUUUGCUGCCUUGAUUUAUUGAAUACAUUGUUCUUCAUCCUCAUUUGCCUUGAUUGCUCUUUUUUCUUAAUCGUAUACGUCAAAGCAGACCGUUUUGGGGUUUGUUUUUUGUUGAUUUUUUUUUUUUUUUUUUUUUUUUUUUUAAACAUUUUUCCUUUUAUUUCAAAUCGAAUGGCUCUCAAGAGUAAAAGUUCUGGCGCUGACCCCGGCUUUUGAAAGGUCUGCAAGAAUUAGAUACUGUUUUGUUUGUAUUUUUGUUGUUUUUUUUAAUUACUGUAAUCCCUCCUGAACUCUGUCCAUCAAUAGAACUGAUUGGAAUGAAGAUCUAUGUUGUGUGCAAGUGUGGUGUUUUGUUUUUUCUACCCCACAUGUAAGAACCAAAGACUUGCCAUCAUUUCAUCUAAAUUUGACCGAUUUCUUACACAGCGCCUUAUAGGCCUUCAUUUUGUUUUUUCCCCCCCUUUACCCUCUUAAUAAGACAAAAAAAAGUCAUCAGAUUUAGCACAAAUCCCCUUUCCUUUGCCAAAACACGCAAAUAGUGCUUAAUAAAGUAUUUACAGUACUUUUACCCCCUCCCUCCCCUGAAGUAACUGAAGAUGAUUGAAGAUUUAUUCAAACUGAGACAUAUUUGAGCAGCAAACCAUCCUCCGGCUCAUCCGUCGCCACGGCAGCAGACCCCGCGUGGUCGUGAGACGGUGAGUGUGAGCUUUGGUGCGUCCUGUCAUGCUGUGGGUCCACGUGUGCUGGAUCCGUCCCUGCUCUUUUGAGGGCUGAAGGCAGCGGCUGAUGGAAUGAGAAAUAUUAGCGAGACCCCUGAUCUUCUGACUCAGAUGUGGCAUAUUUCUGCAAAGUUGGGAAAUGCUGAUUAAUGCUGUCUCUUUUUAAUAAAUGUGCUAUUUUAUCA